AUGUUCAACUUUUUCAAAAGAAAAUCGAAGGCCGACAGCGCGAGCACGCCCGAGCCGGUCCGAAAACAACCGAGCUCUGAGCACACAAAGCUAAUUUCAGUCGAAGCGCGCACGCAAAACGACAAUGUCACAAACGAAAAAACGGGAACGACACGCAAAGAUGUAGUGAAUCUAUUACUACCCGAAACAGAUUACAGCCAGAAGACCACAGUUGGUGCAUUCCUGAACAUCAUGGGUCGGAAGAGACGCAAUAAACGAAAGCGUGAACCCUUUCGAACGCAGGAGAACCCGAGCCACAACCCUAUAGACCGUCCCGCAUCGCCUACACUUGCCAAAAAUACCGAAGACGCGCCGCGUACGGCUGACGAUUCGGACUGCGUGAGACAGCUCGUUCUAUCGAAGUACGCAAAGACUCCCAAACACGUGUCACAUGUGUACGUGAACGAACCUAAUUUGGAUGAUAAACGACAUGCAGAGGCACUCCUGCGCGAGAUUGCAAAGACUAUAGACUGUAACAUAGAUCUCAAUGACCAAAUGGGUAUUGAAAACAGCAAGCCUGAAGCAGUUUACGAUACGGUUGAGGAGCAGAUUGACGCAUACAAAAACGAACUCAAAGGAGAAUUGGAGAAGCUUUUACAAGAGGAUACCGGCGAUACAGAAGGUCUAGAGUCGUCUGCAUUUAUAAAGAAGUCGAAUUUGAAGCCUCCACGCUCUGAGGAGGGGUGUUCGGAUGAUGAUAGAUCUGAUAAUGGAAAGAAGCGGGUUACGUUCAGAAAGCAUAUCGUCUUCGAUGAUGGCGAGCAACAGACUGAUGAAGAGGCCGAUUCGUCGUUCGAAUCUCUUACUUCUGAAGAAACAGAGUAUUUAGAAGACCCGGAUUAUAACAAGACUGUCAUUAAAGUCGAGAGUCCCUUGAUUCGGAUUGACUGUGUUGAAGAUUUGAAACGGAUAUCCGGCGAUAACAGUGACAGUGGUUUCCUUGAGUGUGAUAAGGAGUCCGGUGAUGAGACAAGUGUGAAAAGUGUUGAGAGUGAGAGUGAGGAAGAAAUAGAGAGGCAGGAGGAGUUAGAAGAUGAUAGCGAUAUAGUCGUUAUUGACGAAACGGACGCGUGA